AUGCAUCGGAAAGCAUCAGAAACAACAGCUACAGCUUUAGACCUGAGAAUUGUAGGUGAAAAGAUUAGUCAAUCUCCGUAUAACUCAUUACAAAAUUUCCAAUUAAGUGACAAAGUUGCAAAAGGUCAUUUUUCCACUGUUUAUUUUGGAACAAAUAUAGUGACUGGAGUGAAAGUAGCUUUAAAAAGAGUUCAGCUCACGAAAAUGAUCGAUAAGAAAGCAGCUGAAGAUUGUAAAAGAGAAAUAAUUCUGCUGCAAAAACUCGAUCAUCCAAAUGUGAUUAAAUAUAUUUCUCAUUUCAUCAGUACUAAUAGUGAUCUUUAUAUAAUUUUGGAACUAGCUAGUGCAGGUGAUCUUGCUAAAAUGAUUGAAUAUUUCGUACAAAAACAGAAGGUACUACCAGAAAAAACAAUUUGGAAAUAUUUUAGUCAAAUUUGUCUCGGCUUAGAACAUAUGCAUUCAAAACGAAUUAUGCAUAGAGAUAUUAAACCAGCAAAUAUUUUUAUCAAUGCUCAAGGAGCUGUAAAAUUGGGAGAUCUUGGUUUAGGUCGUUUCUUUCCCAACGAAAUCGAUUUUACACAUUCUAAACUUGGAACACCCUAUUACAUGUCUCCAGAACGAAUAAACGAAUUAGGUUUAGGGUAUAGUUUUUCGGCAGAUAUUUGGUCACUUGGUUGUGUUCUCUAUGAAAUGGCAGUUUUUCGAAGUCCCUUCUUCGAGGAAAAUCUAACUUUCUUAGGCUUACGUAAAAAAAUCGACGAACUUGAUUAUGCACCAUUGUCAAGCAAAUUGUAUUCAUCUGAAUUACGUGAUUUAGUAAGUCGCUGCCUAACAUUAGAACCAAAAGGUCGUCCGAUUAUCGCUGAAGUUACUCAAUUGUCAAUAACAAUGUACAAUCAAUACUUGAAUGAAUCAUUCACAUCGACUACACCGACUUCGGCAGACAGUUCCUCACCAGAUUCUAGUAUUGGAUCAACAUGA